AUGUCGCCCCCGCAGGCGUACUACCAGACGCCGGGCCACGUCAUUGCCGCCGGCGCCGUGCUUAUCGUCGUCGACGUGGUCUCUGUCGUGAUGCGUUUCUGGGCGCGCAACAGACAGAAGCAGGGCCUCCGAGCCGACGACUGGCUCAUCAUACCCGCGACACUCCUGGUGGUCGGCAUCGGCAGCGUCAUGUUCUACGGCGUGUCCCAGCAGGCGCUGGCGCACACGCUGGACAUCCCGGCGGACUACGCAGGAGGCGACAUGUUGGGCCUGGUAACGGCGCAGACGGCGGCGACCAUGCGGGUGCAGUUCGCCUUCACGCUGAUGCUGCCGCUGGCGCUGGGGUGCGUCAAGCUGAGCAUUUUGUUUUUUUACUUCCGCAUCUUCUCGACCACGACGGCCAGCAAGACGCACGUGUUCCUCACCGCCGUCAUCUUGCUCGUCGCCCUGUGGACCGCUGCCUUCUUCCUCGCCACCCUCUUCCAGUGCCGCCUCGACCUGUGGGCCUUCUUCGGCUCGCCCGCCGACCUCGACUCCCACUGCCCCGGCACCAUGUUUGUCGACCUGUCGCUGUGCAUUACUAAUGUUGUGACGGACGUCGUCAUCUUCUGCAUCCCGGCGCCCUUGGUCUGGCGCUUGAAACUGUCCACAGCCAACAAGCUCACCGCCAGCGCCGUGUUUCUGCUCGGAUCAGUCACCGUCAUAGCCUCGCUGCUCCGCCUCGUCAUGACGAUCCAGAUGGUGUACCUCGGGUUCGACCCCGAAGCCGACCAGAUCCUCGUCAUCACCGAGUAUCUAUACUGGGGCAUGGUCGAGGCCGGGACGGGCAUCCUGGCCGCCUGCGCGCCCGUGUUCCAGGUGCUGUUCCGCAAGCUGCCGUGGGCGUCGGUGCUGCGCAGCGUCAAGAUCAUGGUGCGGCUGGGCGGCAGCGGCAGCGGCAAGACGUCGUCGCCGUCGUUUGGCUCCUCGUCGGCUGCCAACGGCAACGGCAACACUAAUGCACAUCACUACGCCAAGGCCGCGAGCCAGCAGCCCAUCCUGCUCAAGCACACGGCCACCGUCACCGUGUCGCACCGUGGCAAUAACAGCAACAACAAAUACUACUGCCAGCCCCAGCAGGCUGCUGUGGCAGGCCACUGGGGUGCUAGUUCUGACUACUCUGCUUCGGUCGGCAGCGCUUACAGCGGUAAGCCAUUCCCGCUCGAACUGCAGGCCGCCGCGGCACCGCAUGUGGGAAGUCGUAGACCACUGGAGGAUGUUUAG